AGUUAACAAGACCAGCUUCAGAAGGUAAGCAAAGCUCCUCUUUCCUAAUGAGUGUACUUAUUCACACACUUCCCUCAGUCUCUCUCUCUCUCUCCCUCUCUCUGCUUUGAGCCCUCUACAUUUUCUUUUGAUGAGCACAAAGAUUGAAACUUGACGACGUCUUUCUGCUUCUGAGAAGCCAGUCUUUCUUGGGUAGUAUAAGGCGAGAACAUCAAGGGCUCAAAGGGUGCAACCAGACGCUCUCAUUCUUGGGGAUGACUGAGCUGAAACACUUCGCCAAUGUCAGCGGUUGCAGAAUUCAAGCGGAACAUAGUCUUCUUGGCCUCGUCCUGAUUACCCUCUGAAAGUACCUUGAAAAGGGUAUCUGCAACUUCUCUUUUCUUGGUUAGGGACCACGUGGGUCUAGCUCCAGGAAUUGGAAUGGUCAAUGCGCAUUAACUGCCCUAAUCAUUCUUCUUUCUCUGGUCGUUGCUCCGAAUUAGAACUGAUUUUUGUGCAAUUGGGUCUUAUUUAAGCAUCCUUGAGCGAACCUUCAGUCUAAUUUCUCUCAUUUUGGAGCGAUGAUGCGCGUGUAAGUUUUGAAGCAUUUGUCAGUUCUUUUGCCAAGCAGAAGAGGAGGAAUCUGCUUUCAAUUUGUUGGGUCGGUCACAAAUGAGCUGUUUCUCACCAAUGUGUCAUUCGUUGUUGGUUUUCCUCUGCUUUAUGCUCUGAAAGGUUCACUUUCUUGUCUGUAAGGAGAAUUUUUCCCCAUCUCUCUUCGGGUGGGGUUGUUUAGCGUGAUUUGUUCUUCCUUAGAACAAUAGGCAAGAGAAGCUGGUGCUCUUGUAGAUUUUGUGCCUGAUAUAUCUCGGAUUUGUUCACAUACUUUGCCUUAUUAGAUGCUGAAAUGAGAGGUUCCUGUUUUCUUCUUUAGCUGCCUCUCUCGAUUCCAUAAAGCUGCCACCAAAGUCACUAGCUUCUUCUUGAGUCCUGCAAUAUAUCACCAGCUCACUGUGGUCAAACCCACUUUACACAUUAUACUUUUAUAACUCAUAUAGCGAUAGGGCGAUUCUUUGAGUGCAAAACUUUGGUUUCUGCAUUCUGAAAUGAAUAGUAGUGGUGGGGGUGGUGGAGAUGUUAUGGGGUUUCAUGAUGGAGGCAAUAGCGCAGCGAAUUGUCCAUCCUCGGGCAUGAUUGCCAAUCCAUCUGAAGAUGUUCCUAUGAUUGCUAUGAGCUCAAUGCCCACGUUGCAGAGACCUCCAAUCUCGGUUGACCCUUUCUUUGCCUCCGGCUGGGAUACACUGGCCUCAUUAAGUCAUAAUGAGAACUAUGGGAGUUCUUCGUUGGUUUCCCACAGCAACUUUUCCUCUUAUCCGGUUUUAAUGGAUAACCAAGGAUUCGGGAGGAACGGCUCUACUCAACUAGCUCAAUGCCUGUCUGAUCCGAGGCUUCAGUACAUUGGAAGUGGCAGCGUCUCUGAAAUGGUCGGUGGCUCCUUUGGCAUGUCUGAACUUAAUCAUCUAGCUAAUCAUGGGUCUCUGCCAAAUAGUGCCUCCAACAUAAAUAGCAGUGGCUGUGAGAGAAAUUCGGAGAAAGGUGCACAAUCUUGUGAAUGCCAAAAUUCUGGAGAGGAACCUGUUGGAUCUUCAGCCGAAGUUAGGAGAAGAAAACGAAGCCCCAACCCAAAUUCUCAGUCUUGCUCAAAUAAGAACAAUGAGGGGGACAAUUCUGAUGUUCCGAGUUUGCAAAACGAGAAGAAACAGAAGAUUGAACAGCCUGAAAGUGCUGAUUUUACUAACCAUAAUACCAACCAAUCAAAAGAUGAUUCUUCUAAUGGCGGGGAAGCUCCCAAGGAGAAUUAUAUUCAUGUGCGAGCACGAAGAGGCCAAGCUACCAACAGUCACAGCCUCGCAGAAAGAGUUAGGAGAGAGAAAAUCAGUGAGAGGAUGAGAUUGCUUCAGGAGCUUGUUCCAGGAUGCAAUAAGAUUACUGGGAAGGCAGUGAUGCUCGACGAAAUUAUCAACUAUGUGCAGUCCCUGCAACAGCAAGUUGAGUUCUUGUCAAUGAAGCUUUCCACUCUCAUCCCUGGAUUGAGCGUCGACUUAGAAAAAGCUCUAUCUAAAGAAACUAUUCAUUCGCGAGGUGGUGGUUUGACAAAUCUGGCGCUCAAUCCUGGAAUGGGCUUACCUAACCUUUAUUCACAAGGAGUCCUUAAGGGGAUGUUGCCAAUCUUACCUAGCACAGAUCAGUAUCCUCCCAUAAAUCAGGCUCCACUGGACGGCGAGCUUCAAGCUCUUUACGAUAUGGGUUUCGAUUCCAUUUCAGGGCGCAUGAAAUCGGAGCAAUGAAUGUGAGACACAAAGAUCUCCAUUCCCACAGCCGAGGACAUUCGAUUACUUAAAGCAGCAUUCUGUGAAUUCAAUUCAAUCCAGCGCGAUCAGAAAAAAAAAGAGUUGUAUAGAUGAUCAACUUGUAACUGUUCAUUCUUCGCAAUUAUUAGUUGAAGAGGAUGAUGACUUUAAGCAUUGACCAGCAGCACACACUGAUUCUGGACUCAUAUUCUGCGACUCCGAUUGUUGAUGUAGAUGGCAAAGAAAAUGCAAAUCAUUCUUAUUAUUCUAA